UACACUACUAAUAACCACGAACUUCUUUUUUCAUCGCCUUGCUGCUUUCGUAUUCAAGUUUGACUGCUUUAAUAUCACUUCAACAACAUAUAUAAUACACCACCAACAACCCCCCACACACAUACAACCAACCACCCCCAAAAAAAAAACACGCACACAAAAUGACCGACCAAAUCACCAACUCCAUGACCUCCGCAACCCUCCACUCCGACCUCCGCGCCCCCUCCGUCGCCCCGCGCCGCGCCCACGCCCAAGCCGAGAAGUGGCGACACACCGUCCAAACCAUCCCCGUGCACUGGACAUCCACAUCCAGCUCCCCCGCCAGCGCCAUCUCAACCCCCAUCCCGCGUCCCCAAAAACAACCCCGCAUAACCCGCGGCCCGAUCCCCUCGCGCGGCACAGCACUAGCACACGCAUGGAUGGAGUGUGCUGAUACCUCCUGCUCCAGCACCUCCGGCGAUCUCGAGGCGAUGUAUGAUAGCGUCGGACUACCCCCAGGCGUACCGGUGGGUGAUGAGGCGGUGUUUUAUACGUAUGAUAGUGAGGCUAGUCCGGCUAGUUCGGUGGGGUUGGAUGGGCUUGUGGAGAAGGCGGAGAUGCAUUUUAGGGAGAGGGAGACGGAGAGGAUUGUGCGGGCGGAGUAUGAGGUGCUUGAUGGGGAGGGGGAGAAGGUGAAGAGGAGGAGGGGGAAGGCUGAGAGUGUGGAGGGGGAGGGAGAGGGAGAGGUUGUGGAGGGGGAGGUGGGGGGGGCUUGGGAGGCGAUUUAGAGCUCCUAAAUGAUGAGAGUGGGGUGCUGCGCUGAGGCGGGGAUGAUGAUGGUUCCGACGCUGGUGAAGCUGCUGCUUGCGAUCAUCUUCCUCUUCUUCGGCUGAAACAUUCCUUUUCUCGCCCUUCUCACACACACUCAUUCAUUCACCCUCACUUCACUUCUCGACUGUCCUUUACCUACACCACACACCUUUACUUCACACCUUUUUUGCCCAUUUUCAUUCGACUUUUUUCAACGAUUUUCCCCCUUCGACGUUUCACCAAAGCCUACUCGUCCACAGACACGGAUCGAG